GGCCGGCAGCAGUUUCCGUGCCCGAGAGUUCGUAUCUCACAGCCCGAGCAAACCCAGCAGACGACCAUGGCUACUUACAGCUUGGCGAACGAACGACUGCGCGCCCUAGAAGACAUCGAACGGGAAAUCGGCGCCAUUCUUCAGAAUGCAGGUACCGUGAUCUUGGAACUGUCCAAAGAAAAAACCAAUGAGCGGCUCCUAGACCGGCAGGCAGCAGCCUUCAUGGCGUCGGUGCAACAUGUAGAGGCAGAACUGUCAGCUCAGAUCCGUUACCUCACCCAGGUGGCCACAGGGCAGCCCCAUGAGGGCUCCAGCUAUUCUUCAAGAAAGGAUUGUCAGAUGGCCCUGAAGCGUGUGGACUAUGCUUGCCUCAAACUCAGUGACGUGGCCCGAACCUGUGAGCAGAUGCUAGAAAGCUAGACUACAGAUGCAGAGCAAGAAUUUGGUGUGCCACCUUUACCCCAGGACAGAACCCGGAGACCUGUAUGAUGGGGAGUAGGGGCUACCACAUCCAUGCCCAGCUCAUCAGAGUAAAUGAGGACGAAAGGUGGAAAUGGGAAACAAAGACCAAGUUGCCCAGAACUACGACACCCUGGCUCCUUUACCAGACUCCGUUUUGCACUUCAUGGACAUGCUCGGUCAGGAGAGGAAGAUACAGACACCAGAACCACUUUCUCAUAUCCAUCAUUGGAAGAAAACCAAGGAUUUUAAUAAUAAAAGCAAUAACAUAAAAACAAGGGGCUCACACAAUCACUGGGGUAUGUAUCGCUGGGUGAUACAAGGGAUUCAAGGCAGUAAAACGAGACUGGCAGCCUUAAAGGAACAAGGGUAGAAAAAAGCAGUUUUUCACUUUGGGGCUGGGGUAGGAGAGGUUUGAAGCUGGGAAGGAAUAUCUGGUGUAGUAUGGAGAGACUUAGGACAAAGGGGAAUCACCAACAGAGAAGCUGGUACCAGAAAUCAUGGUAAGGGAUAAGGGUAUGAGACCAGUCUCUGCAGAGUCAAUAAUUCAUAUGGUAGAGUACAUGGCCACCAUGUGAUGAAGUCCUUAGUGAUUCCCUGGACCACAUGCCUCACCUAGGCACAGUGUGGUAUGUCCCUAGGUACUCCCUAAUACCACAGACCCAUACAUCACCUCACCAUGAUCAGAAGUGGGCCACAGGGGCCGGAGCGAUAGUACAGCGGGUAGGGCGUUUGCCUUGCAUGAGGCCGACCCGGGUUCGAUCCCCGGCAUCCCAAAUGGUCCCCAAGCAUGCCAGGAGUAAUUCCUGAGUGCAAAGCCAGGAGUAACCCCUGAGCAUCGCUGGGUGUGACCC